AUGGCUUCUCCCCUAGAUUUCGUCACAAGUCAGGGCAAGAUCAUCACCCCGGAUGAGUACGUCUGGGAUCUCGAGCUCCGGCCUGAAACCAUUUUAAAAGACGACAAGAAACGGUUCAAGAAAUGGGCCAAGGAAACCGCAUCGCGCUUCGGUCUGACCCCACGCGACCUUUCCAGGACGAAGCUCCAGUUCAUAGCCGCCUCAGUGCUGGCUGGGAGUUUUCAACACAAUCCUCGUCGACUCGAGGAAAAAUGGUCAGGGUUCUGGCAAGUUUUCGGUUCAUCCCUCGGAAACUCCGUAGCGUGGGGGCCCUUUAUCGUGCAGCACCAGUACAACCUCUGGCGUCUGAACAGAGACAACAAUACUCUGGCCGUACUCGAGAUACCUGCUUAUGAGGCACCAAACUCGAGCUUACUUCCGAGCCAAGAUUCGUUUCUAUCAGACCAGGAAUCAUCGAUGUCAGAGGAUCUGCGAGGUGAUGUCUUCCUUAUUCAGAACUUGGGCACGGGCGACGAGGACCAGGAAGAGUACGACGAGGACGAGGAAGAGGACGAAGACUCUGGGGACUUUUUUGACCCCGCACAGGGCCGACCUAUGUUUUCCGUACAAGCCGGUAACGCUCACCCUAACUCUACAACACCCUCAUCCGACCCUUCGACCACCAUUGUCCCUUCUGCGAGCGGGUUUGCUCCCCAGGAGGAGCCGUCUGUAUCGCGCACAAGGAAGCCCCUUGCCCCUGCGCGCCUCGUGGAGCUCCAGAGAGCCCCCAAUGUUGUGACUGAUCGUCCCUCCCGCAUCCGGAAUCUUGGCCGAAAGGAUGAAAGGUCCGAUGAUGAAGAAAUCUCGCACGACGUCCCCGAUACACUCGCUGCUCGUGAAUCAGCAACGCAUGAGGACGACGCUGUUCGUCCCAUGCAGUCUCAGACUUUGACCCGCGGAACCUUCAGCUGUCAGAUCACCGACAUGGCUCUUUUAUACGCCCAAGGGCUCGAGCCUCUUAACGGUGUCCGGUACGAUCCACUCGUUGCAAAUCUUGUGGCACAGGUGCUCUGCAAUGGUUGGGGUCUCGGACGUGAAUGGGUUCCGAUCAUUGUCGAGAACAAAAGGUUGCCGAAGCGUGGCACGCUUUAUAAGCUGGGUGUUGCCAAUCCCAAGGCUUUGGCUUCCCUGAUACGAACUGCGAAACAGCAAGUCUUGAAGCAGGCUGCUUAUUUUUUUACCAGUCUUCGUUGGAGGCAUCAGGAUGAGCUCGUUGCGAUCGCAGCCGCUGGCGAUUGGUGGACGUGGACGGUCGUUAAACUAACGGACGACAUGAAGAAGAAACGCAAGGACGACCACGAUAGCGCCAGUGCUGAGCCCCUCGACUAUGAGCCUGACGUGUCCACCCUUGAGUAUACGGAGUGGGCGAAGACGAUGCGAUAUGGAACACUGGAGUCCUGCAAAGAGAUGACCAAGCUCCGUGCUUGGCUCAAGAAGUUCGUGGUGAACGCUGAGAACGUUCCAGUUUAG